UUGCCAUUUCUUUGCUUUGCUUUUCCGCAAUAAGCAAAUCAUUGAAAACCCGAAUCAAAAAAGUGCUAAACGAAUAAAAAAGCUGAAAAUACUUUCGAUUAACUCAUGACCAGCUCCGCCGCAGAGCUCUGCUCCAGAUGACGGUCAAUCAAAGUAAGUUCAGUCACUGCGGAGCAAUCCGGGUCGGUUUCACAUUCAACGAUGCGGCCACCAAGGUGUCAGUAUCAGUACUCGUUUUUCUCCAUGUCUUACAGCACGCCGCUGCACAGACAGGAAGCGGAAUGGCGCCAACGGACCAGCUCAGUGGCCGACUGGGGCCGCAGUUCAACCCGUUGAUGGCCAUCAUCAUGGUGGUCCUGGUGAGCGCGUUCUUCGUCAUGGGAUUCUUCUCGGUCUACAUCCGCCAGUGCAUGCAGCGCCGUGUUGGAUCCAGAGAGGGCCUCCCUCCCGGAAUCGCAGGCGUUGGCCGCCGUUCAUGGCGGACGGGUCGUGGGCUGGAUCCGUCGGUCAUCGAGAUGUUCCCUACGUUUCUAUAUUCCACGGUCAAAGGGCUUAAGAUUGGAAAAGGAGUGCUCGAGUGCGCCGUGUGCCUGAACGAGUUCGAAGAUGACGAAACGCUGCGUUUGAUCCCCAAGUGCAGCCACGUGUUCCAUCCUGAUUGCAUUGACGCCUGGCUCUCUUCUCACACCACGUGUCCCGUUUGCCGAGCCAACCUCGUCCCCAAGCCUGGGGAAAUAAUCUCUCACCCGGCUGUCACAAAUCCUGACCCGGAUUCCAUUCAGGUUGAACCGGAAAAUCGUCUCGACAACAACCAAGGCGCGGUAGGCGUUGGCGAUGAUCACACGACCGAUUUAGAAUCACAGAAUACUAAUUUGAUCAACACAACAAGCCCACUGACCAAUCACCAUUGGCCACGUAGAUCGAGAUCAACUGGUUGGCGGCUGACUGGAUUUUUUACCCGGUCUCACUCAACGGGUCACUCACUAGUUCAACCAGGUGAGGAUUGCGAGAGGUUUACACUGAGGUUACCGGACGAGGUACGGAGCCAUCUCAUGACGUCGACCUUGAAUCGAACCAGAAGCUGCGUGGCAUUUCCUAGUGCGAGGAGCACGAGGAGGGGUUAUAGGGCUGAAAGUGUAAGGAGCUUUUUUCAAUACGAGCGGUUCGACCAAGAGAACCGGUUCGGAUUUAGCUUGACUCCGCCGUUUUUAACAAGAACUGGAUCGGUUCGAGCGGGGAAAAUCGGUGGUGGUGAGGAGGUGGGUGUUGGUUCACCGAAGGGUUUGUUCAAACCCAGUAGGUCACCGUUUUGAGCAAAUUUAGGUGAAGGGUUGGUGUGGCUAUCAGUGGAUUUCUCCCAAAUUACGUGAAUAUAAAUUUUUAUUUCCUUCUUUUUCUUUUUUCAUUGUAAUUGUGAUUUUAGAU